UCCAGAGUGAACAAUGGCGGAGCAGGAUAAGGUGAUGAUCAAGCUUCAAAGCUCUGAUGGAAUGGAGUAUGAAGUGGAGGAGCACACGGCGGAGCAGUCAAAGUUCCUCCAAGGAUUAAUGAUGUCCCCAGAAGCCAGAGAGAAUGGGAUCACGAUUUCCGAUGUGAAUGGUACCAUUCUCGCCAAGGUAAUGGACUACUGUAAGAAGCACGCUGAAAUCGCUGACAAGGUUGAGCUCGACAGCUGGGAUUCUGCGUUCAUCAAUGUGGAGAACCACAUUCUCUACGAUCUCAUCAUGGCCGCUAACAGUCUCCUCAUUAGUAGUCUCCUGCACCUCUGCGGCAAAAAGUUUGCGGAAUUGAUUAAGGGGCACACUGCGGAUGAAAUCCGGGAAACAUUCGGCAUCCAGAAUGACUUCACCCCAGAAGAAGCGGAAGCAUUAAGGAUGGAGAACCUGUGGGAAUUUUAAAGAAGGCAGUUGGUGUUGCGUUAACAAAAGAAAAUUACUUGCCUCAUUUCAUGUUGUUCUGGAAUUGUUUGUACUCAAACAAUAGCUAGCAUACACAUAUAAUCUGUCUCAUGAUAUACUGAUCGACUGGUAUGAACUCAAGACUACAUAUCCCAUUGGCAUCAAAUAGUUCUCACUGAUACUCUGUUGCUAAUGGUUUUGAUAAUUCUCAUAGGAACCGUCAUAAUUGAAAUUCUUCUUAUCACUAUAUUUUUCAAAUCAGCAUUUGUAUCAAAAGGUAUGCCUGUGUUUUUUCCAUCUGACCAAUUAAUUCGAGUUAUAUGACUUAUAUCUUCUUUCAAUUGAAGUUGAUUGUCUCCUUUUAUCACAUUGUUUUUCAUAGAAUUGAAGCAAUUUUGUUCUUUACUCUUAAUGUACAACUAAUGAAGCUCUUAUCACCUUGCAAAAUCUGAAAAUUAUGAUACUGC